AUGGCAUCGACAGCGAGCAACACCGAAGUCCCAGAAGGAUUCGUCCUCCACACCGAAAACACAUCACAUCUGUUGCUGGAAGCCAAUGCAGCGUUCUUGAACCCUGUUCAAGAAUUCAACCGCGACCUCAGCGUAGCCACUAUCCGGGUCUGGAGCGAGUUGUUGAACCAGAAGAAGGAAGAGCAAUUCAAAAGAAACCAGGAGAAAAAGUUGAAGAAGGCGGAGAUUCAUCGCGCCAAGCGGGUCAAGGUUGCAGAUGGCGAGGAAGUGGUCGUCGAACCAGAACAGCCGGAAGAAGGGAAGCAUCAACCACCUCCACCGACGUAUUCACCGUAUAGAUUCACCCUCUUGGAAGCACUCUCAGCCACUGGUCUACGUUCCAUCAGAUAUGCUAAGGAAAUCCCGCUUUUGAAACAGGUGAUCGCAAACGACCUGUCUCCUGCUGCAGUCGAAGCAAUGCACCGCAACGUCAAAUACAAUGGACUGGCCGAUGUCGUCGAAGAGCUUCCUGACGGAACGAAAAAAGUCAUCCCCGGGAAGGUCAAAAUUAACGAGGGUGAUGCAUGCUCCUUGAUGUACCAGCACCGAGAGGAAAAGGCACGAGUGGACGCUAUCGACCUCGAUCCAUAUGGCACCGCAGCACCCUUCAUCGACGGCGCAGUACAGGCAGUUAAGGAUGGAGGUUUGCUUUGCGUCACCUGUACCGAUUUGGCCGUACUGGCAACCAAUAACUACCCUGAAAAAUGCUUCUCAAACUACGGAGGAGUGUCCUUGAAGGCGGAGUACUGCCAUGAAGCCGCCCUUCGUCUAGUCCUUCACAGCAUCGCAACAUCUGCAGCACGCUAUGGACGAUACAUCACCCCUCUCCUGUCCCUCUCAAUUGACUUCUAUGUUCGGGUUUUCGUUAGGGUAGACACCAGCCCUAUGGAAGUCAAGAAAUUACUAACUAAGAACUCCACCAUCUAUCUUUGCAGUUCUUGUCAAAACUUCUAUGAACAACCUCUCGGACGAAUACUCGAGAAACCGCAUGAGAAGUCAGGCCAUGUGAACUACCUAUUCAAGACCCAGCAAAAUACCGUAGCUGGGCCGAUGUGGAACGGACCUCUGCACGAUAGCGAAUUCGUCGGCAAAGUUCUUGAACACCUUGAAAGUCACACCGAUCACUAUGGUACUGCACCGCGGAUGAAGGGCAUGUUAACCGUGGCAAAAGAGGAACUCGAGUCCUUGUUCUAUUUCACGCCAGCAACUGUUUCAAGCUUCUUCCAUUGCCAAACUCCGUCGUUGGAUAACUCUGCCUCUGCUCUUCUGAACGCUGGAUUCAAGAUCUCUCGCUCGCACGCCGCGCCAGGCUCUCUUAAAACGAAUGCAACAAGGAAGGAUGUCUAUGACGUUUUCAGGGGCUGGAUCAAGACAAACCCCGUGAGGUUGGAUAAAGUGUCGGAGAACUCACCGGCACGAGCGCUUAUCGCAAAGGAACCCAGUUUCAUUGCCGAUUUCACAAAACACCCUGAUUCUGUCACUCCUUCAAGCAAGGUCAAACUCGUUCGUUACCAAGAAAACCCCACAUCGCACUGGGGCCCUGCGAGAAAAGCGACUGGUCUCAAGCGAAAGAGGUCUGGCGAGGACGUGGCAGCGGCUUCAGCUUCGACCGCGGAAAAGCCCUAG